AGUCUUUGAAAAUUUGGCGCCCUCGUCAAAACUUUUUAGUCUUGAGGAUUGUCUUAUGGAGACAUAUUCUCAACUAAAUCGUGCUCAGCUCAGUUAUGACUAUCUCCAUACCAACUCAACGACACAUGAAUUCCUCUUCGGUGCUAUUGCGGAACUUAUUGAUAAUGCACGUGAUGCAGGUGCAACAGAGUUGGACAUAUACACAAUUAAAGACAGCUCAGUGCGUGGUAACUUUCUUCUCUGCUUUGCAGACAACGGUUGCGGUAUGACACCAGACGAUGUGAAAAAUGUAAUAAUUUUCGGGAAGUCUUUAAAGAAGUGUGAGGAUACUGCCGCUAUUGGUAUGUAUGGGAACGGCCUAAAAUCUGGCUCUAUGCGCAUUGGAAACGACCUGGUUCUGUUUACUAAGAAGGAUGGUAUUUACACCUGUCUAUUCUUAUCAAGGACUUUUCAUGAAGAGGAGAAACUUGAUGAGGUAGUUGUCCCGAUGCCCUCUUUUAGAGGUCCUGAGAAGACCCCUAUCGCAGAGACUCCUGAGGAUAAGAAAAAACAUGACCUCGAAAUGCAUUUAAUCCUGAAGUACUCACCAUUCCGCUGCCUAAAGGAUUUCUAUGCACAGUUCGAUAAACUUAAAGAAAAUUCAGGAACUGUUGUGAUUAUAUAUAACAUGAAACUUCUUGAUCAUGGAGGACCUGAAUUAGAUGUCACUACGAACCCGCGUGACAUCCUACUUAGUCCGGGAUCAGAACAAGAAGAAACUGUUGAACCUGAUGCUGAGGUUAUGCUCCCACCAGAAAGACGUAGUCUACGUGCUUAUGUGUCAAUUUUAUAUUCUGAUCCACGUAUGAAAGUAUAUUUGCAAGGACGAAAAGUUCAAACUAAACGACUACUAGCAACGUUGCAUAGUACUAGAAAGUAUAAUUUUGCAAGCAAAACCUUUCGUACUAGAGCUGAAGCAGAUUUAGCAAAAGCUAAGAAUGAUGUGAGAAUAGCUGAACUUAGAGCUCAGGAGGCGGAAAGCAAAGCAAGGGAUUGUGAACUUCGUUACCAAGGUUCUGAAGAUCCCGAACAUUUGCGUCAAAUACGCCGUCUUCGAAACACCGCUGCCGACCUACGCGGAGCUGUGGCGAUGCGACAGAAUGUUGUCACGCGCAAACUAAAAUCAAUCAAGGAUCCGAAAACACUGACUUUUUAUUUCGGUGUAAAUGUUAUGAACCGCGCUUGUGAUGGUAUGUUUGUCUAUAAUUGUUCCCGUCUAAUCAAAAUGUAUCAACGUAUCGGACCACAACAAGAUUCAAGUAUGAUGUGCCGUGGUGUAGUUGGAAUUGUCGAUGUACCUUAUAUGGUUCUUGAACCUACACAUAACAAGCAAGAUUUUGCUGAUGCUAAAGAAUAUCGUCAGCUUAUGCGUGCAAUGGCGGAUCAUUUAAUGCAAUAUUGGGAUGACCUUGGGAUUGAUAAAGAACCAGACAGUUUAAUACGAUUCUGGAAAAGUUUUGGCUAUCUAUCAGCACGCUGGAGAGACCCACCUAGCAUAGAAGAAAAAUAUGCUCGUCGUCGCUGUUGUUCUGUCUCCAUUUGUGUUCAGUGUGAUAAAUGCUUAAAAUGGAGAAUACUUCCAUUCUCACAGAGCCUUGUUGGACGCGAUGUUCCAGAUAAUUGGCAGUGUCGUGAUAAUCCAGAUCAUAAACACAAAAGAUGUGAGGAUCCUGAAGAAGAUAUGAGCCCACCUAUGGGUGUCUUAAAGAGGAAAAUAAAAACUAAGGAACAAAGACAGGCAGAACUCGAAAAACAAAUCCGUAAAAAACAGGAAGAACUUGAACUUAUUCAAGAUCCUGAUGAUGAAAAAGCUGACGAUUCCAGUGCUACUACUCGUAGUGGUCGCUUAAGUGGCCAUGGGAGUUCAGCUCUCUCGAAAUCUCCUCGUAAACGCCCCCACCCACCUCCAGCUAUCUCGGAUCUCCCCAACAAGCGAUCUGCUCAAUCCUCUUCCACUUCUCGAGCAAUGACUGUUGCAGAUAAAAAACGUCAAGCUGGAUUGUCAUCAUCAAAUGGCCCUGUAUCUUUAUCAUCCCAAAAACGUACUGGUUUACCAUUACCUACAAGUAAUCAAAGACAACCACGCCCCAGUGGUCUAGUCCCUAAAGCUCAGCAACGGAAUUCAACUACCCCUAAAGGUCGUAAAGUCAUAACAGCAGAAAGUGAAAGCAGUGAAGAAGAAGAGACAAGUGACGAUGAUGAAGAAGAAGAGGAAGAAGAAGAAGAAAACGAAACCUCUAAAUCAACUUCUCGUAACAAACAAAUUACAUCCUCUCUUCCAAAAGUAAAUAAUUCCAUUUCUGUAACUAAAAUCAAUACUUCACAAACUCCCGAAAAAAAUCUUCCGAAAACAACUGAUGAAUUAAAUGGCAAACGAACAACUAAUAAAGAUAAAAGUCCCGCUCACGAUUCAGUCACAAUGCAUCAUCGUAAUCGAACUUCAAUAGGUCCAGACAACGGUGAUGCUACAUCCAUAAUAAAUAAGGAUCAAAAUAAAAGCAAUGAUUCCAUAGGGAAUAAAUCAAAAGAAUUGAAUUCAACAGUUAACUCUUUAUCAUCUGAAGCUAAUACUGCAAUUAAUAAGAAGAUUCAGGAGAAAUUCAAGGUUUGUCUACGGUACUUCCUACCCCCUGAAUGGCCAAUGGAAAAAGACCAAAUUCAUACCCUUACAGAUUCUGAUCUUGCUAGCUUUCCUUUGGAAGACUUCUUCGAUCGCUAUGAACAGGGUCUCCGAUCUCUCUUGGCCACUUUCCAGCAAGAAACUAAAAUAUGCUCUGAUCGAUUAACUGAGUUACGAUUCAACGUUUGUGAACUAUUGAAGAAAUAUGAUCCUUUGCUCAAGCUCACCGUUGUACUUCAGUUCAAUCUUACAACUCAACUUAGUAACUUUAUGUAAUUUUAUCUAUCAAAGACUGACCUUAGUCUGGGUAAUAGUGAAAACCGGGAAACAUUGGGUAUCUUCUUCUUCCUAUUGUGGUACUAGAGCAUGCAUCCACGAUCAAACUUAUAAUAUUCAGGUUCUUUCAAGGACCACGUUUCCAAAUCCAACGAUUUUGCCACAUAUCUCAACGAUCAUCUAAUGCUGUGGGCAAUAAAGGUCUUGAUCCUGAUACCUACCCUGAAUUACCAUUAUAGCUUUCGACCUAAAACAUGGUGUCCCGAUUUGUAUGUUGUUUAAGUGGUCUCUAAUCAAUGGAGAUUUUAAAAUUCGUUUACCAUGAUAUUUUUCUGACAAAAAUACCUAAAUUUAUGCCACUCACCUCAAAUCUCAUACCAUUUUCCUUUCCUCUGUAGAGCUUUACUGAACCACUGAGCGACGGUGAAGAAGUUGACAAUUAUAUCAGAAAUUUCCUUAAUAAAGAUUAAUUUAAUUGUAAUAAAGGCAGCCAAACAUGUUUUUAAAAUUAUUAUGAUCAACAAGAUCAUUGUAUACCUUUUUUUUUAUCUCAUGUAUUCGAUCACUCUGCGAAUAAAUUAUCCUUUCGCUCCAAUUUCUCUCAUUUUGUAAUAUUCCCAUGCUUUACUCAUUCUUCUAUUAUUGGAGUGUACAUGCAGCUAUUGUUAAAUAUAAUGUUUACCUAUAAACAUAAUUACUUAUGUACACCUUAUCAUAUUAUUCUGAUCUUGUUGAAUAUGUCAAAGGAUCACCAAACUUUUUUUGUGCAGAUUAUACUCUCCUACAGAACUACGAUUAAUUUCACGCUUUAUUAUUUCAAAGGGGGGGACUACAUACAUUUGUCUAUUUAGUCCAUAAGCAUUCUCUGUAUAUGUCUAUGAAACUUGUUAAUAAUCGUAAUCGGUAUAAAGCACUCUUUUUCUUUUACUCCAUUGUCUUUGUAAUUAUUUCUCUAAUCCUAUCUAUUCAUUUCUUGUUGUCAAUCAUUUAGUCAAUGUAUCUUGAUAAUAUGUUACUGAAUGAAUCGUUUCAUGAAAAAAAAAACGUACAUCAUGUCAUGUACUCAUCUUUCGUUUAUAUUCCUGUAUUCAUGAAAACUUGAUCACGACCACCAGCAACUUCACUAUAACUACCACCAUUGCUACUGGGAGAUAUUCGUAAAUAAUCGAUUAAUUUACCAUUAGCUUUAUCGCUGUACAGUCAUGACCAUUUUGUGUUACUCAUUUUCCCUCUCUUUUUCAUGUGUAAUUGUUUUCAAACUAAAGAGUAAGAGAGUUAUCC